GCCAAACCAACCCUACCCAUUGACAUAAUUCCAACCAUAAUUAGGAGGCAUUGACAGGACUCAGAAGCACUCUUCUCUGGGGUUAUUUCUUUCUCAUUGCCAAUAGCCAUGGGUGCAACCAGCUUCACACAAGAGCUCACAUGCCCGAUUGAUCCGGCUCGCAUGUUCAAGGCCUUGAUUGUCGAGUCGAAUACCCUGAUCCCGAAGCUUCUGCCUCAGUUCAUAAAGAGCGUGGAGCUGGUGCAUGGCGACGGUGGAGCCGGAGCAUUGAGCAAGUUAAAUUUCACCGAAGGCAGUCAGUACAAGACAAUGAAGCAUAAGGUCGAGGCCCUGGACAAGGAGAACUUCACCUACAGCUACUCCAUCAUUGAGGGCGACUCGCUGGGCACCACCCUUGAGAAGAUCAGCUACGAGAUGAAGAUCACCACAUCGCCCGAGGGAGGCUCGGUGUGCAAGAGCACGAGCAAGUACUUCACCAUUGGCGAGGCGGACAUAACUGAGGAGAAGAUCAAGGCUGGGAAAGAGAAGGCGUCCGGGAUGUUCAAGGCCAUCGAGGCUUAUCGCUUGGCAAACCCUGAUGCCUAUUGAGCCGAUCUCAUCGCUAUCUUGUCUUGUUCACGGUACUGUAUUAAAUAUGUCUGGUUGUGGUAAACUGAAAAGGAGACAAGAAGAGUUCGAGUCACUCUAUGCUUGGAGUUAAGCAUGUUGGGCCGAUGGGUGCUGUUGUUCGUCUUUGCUGAGCAGUGGUUUUUGUAGAAUUUUGUAAA